AUGGCUGAAAAGAUGGAGAAGACCAUGGGCCUCGCCGCGGCCGUCAGUGUGGAAAAGGACGUGCUCGAGGUGCCAUCCCACGGCCUCGAGGCCGUCGACAACGCCUACGAGUUCGCCAAAGAGAACCAUGCCGGACCCAUCAGCGACGCCGAGUACAAGCGGCUGCUGCGCAAGAUCGACCUGCGUCUAGUUCCACUGAUGCUCAUCACGUACACGCUCAACUUCAUGGACAAGAACACCAUGUCUUACUCUGCCAACUUUGGCCUCAUCACGGACAAUCACCUGAGGGGCAAGCAGUACAGCUGGGCUUCCGGCUCGGUCUUCUACCUCACCUACCUCGUCUCGCAACCGUUUGUCGCCCGGCUGAUCGUCCGGUUUCCCAUCGGCCGCUUUGUCGGCUGUGCCACGAUCCUGUGGGGCGGUGUGCUGAUGACGAUGGCGGCGUCGCGCUCGUUUGCCAGCCUGAUGGUGAUCCGGGCCAUCCUGGGCUGUCUGGAGUCGUGCAUCAACCCGGCCUUCAUCGUGAUCUCGUCGCAGUGGUGGACGCGCGAGGAGCAGCCGCUGCGCAUCACGUUCUGGUAUCUGGGCAACUCGAUCGGUCAGGUGUUUGGCGGUCUGCUGGGCUACGGCAUCGCCCACAUCCACCGCACCAGCGUGCCCAGCUGGGGCUUCUUCUUCCUCAUCUUUGGGUCCGUCACUAUCGUCUUUGGCAGCUUCCUGCUCUUCUACCUGCCCGACUCGCCCAUGACGGCCCGCUGGCUGACGCCGCGCGAGCGUGCCAUGGCCGUCGAGCGCGUGCGCGCCAACCGCACCACGAUCGAGAACCACACCUGGAAGUGGUCGCAGUUCGUCGAGUGCAUGCUAGACGUCCAGGUCUGGGUCCUCGUCGCCACCUUCUUUCUCGACGACAUCCCGGCCGGCGGCGUCGGCUCCUUUGGCAGCAUCGUCGUCAAGGGCUUCGGCUUCAGUCGGCUCUACUCUACCCUGCUGCUCUGUCCGCUCGGCAUCAUCCAGGCCAUCUGCAUCCUGUUCGGCGGCUUCAUGACGCGCUACUUCCGCAACGCCCGUCUGUGGCUGGUAGUUGGCUGCCAGAUCCCCGCCCUCAUCGGCGCCGUUUUGCUCUACACCCUGCCGCGGUCGAACCGCAACGGCCUUCUGGGCUCAUACUACAUCGUUCAGACUCACGGCAUCGUCGGAACGCUGACCAUGUCGCUGGUCUCUAGCAACUUUGCUGGCUACACUAAGAAGGCCACUGCGUCAUCGAUGUGCUACGUCGCCUUCUGCGUCGGCCAGGUGGUGGCACCGCAGCUGUUCCUGACAAAGGAGGCACCGGCCUACGAGACUGCCUUCCGCGCCGCCUUCAUCUGUUUCGGGCUCAACAUUGUGCUCUGCACACUGCUGCGCUUCUACCUCAUAUGGGAGAACAAACGGCGCGACCGGCUAGCAGCUGUGCAGCCGACGCCACCAGCCGGGACCAACGACGAGUUCCUCGACCUGACAGACAAGCAACAGAAACUCGUGUUCCGGUACAUGAUGUAG